AUGCCGGGCCAGGAGAAGAGCGAACUCACCGUGGUUCUGGGUGCCAUGACGUUUGGCAGCGCGGGACUUAACAGUGGAAGUGUCCGAGUGUCUGACCUGAAGGAGGUCGAGAAGAUCAUCGACGUCUUCCAGGCGCAUAGUCACGUCGAGGUGGACACGGCCCGUGUCUACAACAAAGGAACGAGCGAAGAGUACCUCGGCAAGCUCAACUGGCAGGCCCGCGGCCUCGUCGUCGAGACGAAGCUCUACCCGUCCGUGGCCUGGUUCAAGCCAGGAGCUGCCAACCCAGCUGGUGCGGACAUCCCUAUCACGCAUUCGCCAGAGGAUCUUCGUACCCACCUGGAUGCGUCCUUGAAGGCCCUCAAGGCGGACCAUGUGGAGCUGUGGUACCUCCACGGCCCCGACCGCACGACGCCCUACGAGGUGACCUUCAAGGCCAUCAACGACUUGCACAAGGAGGGAAAAUUCAAGCGUCUGGGUCUUAGCAACUACUUAUCCUGGGAGGUCGCGGAGAUCGUGCAGAUCUGCAAGGCGAACGGGUGGAUCCAACCGACCGUCUACCAAGGGGUCUACAACGCUAUCCACCGUUCUGUGGAACCAGAGCUCUUCCGGUGUCUCCGCAAGUUCGGCAUCAGCUUCUACGCAUAUAAUCCCCUCGGUGGCGGCUUCUUCACCGGCAGGUACACUGGCCUUGAGAGCUCUGCAGAGCCGGGCUCGCGGUUCGACACGACCAUGGCUAUGGGCAAGAUGUACCGCGCCCGCUACUGGAACGACACCUACUUCGCCGCGCUCGCCGCGAUCCAGAAGGCCGGGCAGGAGAACGGCGGACUGACGCUCACGGAGAUCGCGCUCCGCUGGAUGAACCACCACAGCCAGAUGAAGCGCGAGUUUAGCGACGCGAUCAUUAUCGGCGCGUCCAGCCUGAAGCACAUCCAGGAGAACAUGGAGGAUCUGGAGAAGGGCCCGCUCCCGGAGCCAGUCGUGAAGGCUCUGGACGAAGCCUGGCUGUCGGUGAAGGGCCACGCCUCAGGAUACUGGCAUUAG